AUGGAAGACCUGUCCGUCUACGAGCAGAACAAUCUUCUCUACUCACAGGAAAAGCUAUCAAAGUAUCGACCAGGUGGAUACCACCCAGUCUCACUGGGAAACACCUUCAAGGAUGGUCGCUACGAAAUUCAACAUAAACUAGGCUGGGGAGGAUUCUCCACCGUGUGGCUUGCGUACGAUAAAGAGAAAGUUCAAUGGGUUUCGAUGAAGAUAAUGAGAGCAGAUACCUCCCAGGGCUCUCGAGACCUUCACAAUCUACAAUUAUUAGCAGACCGGUCCCAGGGAAAGCCGUCUGCAAAAUACAUUGUUUCCGUUCUCGACUCAUUUACUCAUCAGGGCCCUAAUGGUACCCACUUGUGUAUUGUAUUUGAAUUGCUCGGUCCUUCUGUCAGUAAGGUUGUUAAUGAUUAUCAUUCCUUUGGGGAUGACCUUGAGAUGGACAUUAUUCUUCGGAUGUCGGAGCAGCUUCUAGAAGCUAUCAGCUUGAUUCAUGUAGCUGGCAUGGGACAUGGAGAUAUAAGCGGCGGAAACAUCGCCUUCAGCUGUACCAAUCUCUCGCACGCCACAAAAGAAGAACUCUUCGCAGUUCUCGGAUCUCCAGAAGUGGAAGAACUAACUCGACUCGACGGCAAGCCACUAGACAACAGCCUACCAAAUCAACUAGUAAAAUCCGCAGAUUGGGAAAAUUGGGUAGAUGAAGAUGAAGAAGAUAUUCGAAUUCUUGACUUUGGGGAGGCAUUCAUACAGGGGAAUGAGCCUAAAGUACUUGCUCAGCCAGGGCAAUUGCGGGUUCCUGAGCUAAUCUUCACCAAUUGCUUUGACUACCGCGUUGAUUUAUGGCGCGCAGGCUGUAUGAUCCAUACAUUCAUAUUUGGGUCAUAUCCAUUCUACUACCUAGGUGAAGAUGAAGUUCUGGUCUCACAGAUGAUCCGCUUUGUGGGGAAGUUGCCGAAGGACUGGCAGCCGAUAUGGGAACGCAUGAAGAUGAACUCUGAGCGUGGUUUAAAAUCACCAGAAGAAGUUGAGGUGUCUGAACUAGACAGGAGGCUCAGUAGAAGGGAGCCGGACCCGAUACUUACUCGUCUUGCCUCAGUCAUCCGGCAAUUGAUGAGAUUUGUACCGUCGAGUCGAAUAGAGGCCUCCAUGGCACUUGCUCUCUUGAGGUCAGAGCAGGAUGCAGAUUAUGAUCCUUGA